AGGAUUUUCUUCGGGAAAAACAAAGUGAUGAUGGUGGCGCUGGGACGGGAACCGGCCAGCGAGUACAAGGAGAACUUGCACAAGGUCAGCAAACAUCUGAGAGGUGAAGUCGGUCUCCUGUUCACGAAUCGCACCAAAGAUGAGGUGAACGACUGGUUCUCCCAGUUCAAAGAGGUGGACUUUGCCCGUGCGGGGAACAAGGCAACAUACACAGUGAGCCUGGACACAGGGCCCUUGGAGCAGUUUCCCCACUCCAUGGAGCCUCAGCUACGGCAGCUGGGGUUGCCAACGGCUCUAAAGAAAGGAGUGGUGACGCUACUUUCAGACUAUGAAGUCUGCAAAGAAGGGGACGUUCUGACCCCUGAACAAGCUCGUGUCCUGAAACUCUUUGGCUAUGAAAUGGCCGAGUUCAAAGUGACCAUCAAAUUCCUGUGGAACUCGGAGACGGGAGACUUCCAGCAGCUUGCGGCAGACCCGGAGGAGGCGGAAGAGGAGGAGGAUGACAGCAAUGAGGACUAGCAGCAGUCCUUGCCUUUGGACACUAGACAGUUCUACUCUAUUUCAGAGACAAAGGAAGAGGUGUUUUCCUUCCCUGCCUGCAGCAGGAAGCCAAGGCUGAGCAAGUCAAACAUGUCCUUUGUAAAGGAUGACCUAAUUAUGUUUUUUUAUAUAAAACUAUGUAUAAAACCUUG